AUGGCAGUAGGAUUACUUGGCCGCCAUGGUCACGGCCACGGCCACUCAAAAUCGCCCUCUCAGAACACACCUUCUCCAGCUGAAGAUAUUGAUGAUAUCGAUGAGGUCGAUGGAGAAGGACAAAACAUCAUUCUUAGUUUGAUCGGUCAACUACGUGCUGGUGCUGACUUGUCGCGUAUUACACUUCCCACCUUCAUCUUGGAGCGCAAGUCGAUGCUGGAAAGAAUCACAAAUCAAUUGCAACAUCCAUAUAUCCUCAACGAGGCUCAUGCUACUAAAGACCCUGUCGACCGGUUCGUUCAGGUCGUCAAGUGGUACUUGUCGGGUUGGCACAUUGCCCCUAAAGCCGUAAAGAAACCUUUGAACCCUGUUCUGGGUGAACAUUUCACUUGUUAUUGGGAUAAUGAUGAUAAUACUAGAUCGUAUUAUAUUGCUGAGCAGACAUCUCACCAUCCUCCCAAGUCGUCCUAUUUCUAUAUCUGGCCCGAACACCAUAUUCGUAUUGAUGGUACUCUUGUGCCCAAAUCACGUUUUCUUGGUAACUCCGCUGCAAGUAUUAUGGAGGGUGUUGGUUUCUUAAAGUUUCUCGAUAUUAAGAGUCCUAAUGGCGAAGCUGAAGAGUACGAAAUCACCCAGCCAAAUAUGUAUGCCAGAGGUGUGUUGAUUGGUACUCUCAAGUUCGAAUUGGGCGACUUUGCCGUCAUCAAGUGUAAAGAUAACGAUCUUAUUUGCAACAUUGAAUUCAAGACCAAGGGUUUUAUUUCUGGUACCUACAACGCCAUUCACGGUGAGAUUAAGAAAAUUUCCACUGGAAAGGUUCUGUAUGAAAUCACUGGUAAGUGGAAUGAGGUUCUCGAAAUCAAGAACCUUAGUACCGGUCACAAGAGUGUGUUUUUCGAUGCUGCUACUGCCAAGAAGUCUCCACCAAAGGUACGUCCUAUUGCCGAGCAGGGUCCUCUUGAGUCUCGAAGACUAUGGGAGAAGGUUACUAAUGCACUUGGUGCUCGUGACCACACUGUAGCUACCGAUGAGAAGUUCUUCAUUGAAGACCGCCAGAGAGCCGAGGCCCGUAAACGUGAAGAGGACGGGGUUGAGUUCCAUCCUAAGCUGUUUAAGCAUGUCGAUAACUCGCCUUUGGAAUAUGUCAUUUAUAAAGACAUCGAUCCCCUGGAUGUCAAGAAGCAGACUGAGCAAGUGUUCUCAAUUGCCCCUAUUCUCCCUGGCCAGCAGUUCCAUGAACAUUUCAGCAUUCCUGCCUUUAAGAAGAACCCUCAUGACACAGUUGCUGCUACUGCUACUUCUACAGCCUCAGCACCUGCUCCUGGCGCUACCCCCACGCCUUCUGGUGGGCUCAACGACGUCAGCGGCUUGAAAUCUGCUCUUCCUAAGACUUCUUCUGGCACCAGCGCUGCCUCCGUCUCUGGUGAGAGUGACGACGAGUUCGUGGAUGCCGAGUCCUAA